AUGUUCUGCCUCUAUUGCGAUAAUCCUCGCGACAAAUGCACGUGCAGGGCACCAAUGCGAAAGUGUUCCUGCUGUAAAUUGACAGUGGACCUGUGUAUAUGUAAGGAUCAAAAAACAAUUUACGAUGGAAGACCGGUCCUGACCGAGCCCGGUAACGAUCAUACCAUGUACGUUACUGCCUGGAAACCCAGGGAAGAGGUACGACGCUACUUUUCCAGAAACUUGACCGAUCAUAAAACCGAUUCAAUGAAUGAAUGUUGCUACUGCGAAAAACUCAAGUCGCGAAACUCCGAUGACCUUCCUUAUCAACGAUUAAGCGUUUUUUCUGACGUGAUGGAUGAAUUACAGAAAAAAAUAAGCGAAUCUACAUGUUGUGCACGAUGUAAAAAGAUUCCAUGUUGUUGUAAUAUCGCUGUAGAAAAAGACGAGAAGAGAGAAGAUAGGAUGAUAAAGUAUCGUAUAAGUCCCAAGGCACGACGAAAAAUCAUCGCGGUAUGCAUGGAAACAUCGAAAAAUAAGCUGUUAAAUAAUUGCAAGUGCGAGUCCAGUUAUGCGAAAGGCGAUAAACAGAAGAAAAUAAUAGUAGCCCUCUGCUGUGCUUGCAAAUCGGCACCCUGCAGAUGUAAGAAAAUUAAAUCGAAUCAGAAGAAACCAAAAGCGAAAUGUUAUUAUUGUAAGAGUUCGCCAUGCAUCUGCAUUGCGGCCAGUGAGCGCAACAAGUCGAGGCCAUGCAGGUGCACUGAUUCACCUUGCCAAACGAAAGAAAAGGAAAGCACGUCACACGGAAAAACAUCCACGAAAUCGAAGAACUAUGAUGAAAAAACAAUUUGUCUACGCUAA